AUGGGCCGCGGCGGUGCGUGCGGCGUCGCCUCACUCUUCUUGGCGGUGGCAGUGGCGGCGGCGGCCUGCUGCGCGGCGGCGGCGCAGGAGCCCAACACGGACGCCUACUUCGUCGCGCGCUUCUACGCCAAGAUGGGCCUCGCGGCGCCGCCGUCGGGCGCCGGCGCGGUGUGCUCCUGGCCCGGGGUGUCGUGCGACGGCGAGGGGCGGGUGCUGGCGUUCGCCGCCGCCGGGAUGGGCCUGUCGGGCCCCAUCCCGGAGGACACGGUGGGGAAGCUCGCCAGGCUGCGCUCGCUGGAUCUCAGCGCCAACCGCCUCACCGCGCUCCCCAACGACCUCUGGGAGCUGGGCGCCUCGCUGCGGACCCUCAACCUCUCCCGCAACGCCUUCUCCGGCGCGCUGCCGCCGGCGCUCGGCUCCAUUACCGGCCUGCAGGUCCUCAACGCCAGCCACAACCAGUUCCAAGGCCAGGUCCCUAGCGCCGGGGGGAGCCUCGUCUCCAUGGAUCUCUCCGGCAAUGCGCUGGACGGCGACCUGCCUGAACUGUCGCCGCUGCGGUCGCUGGCCUACCUCAACCUGUCCGGCAACCAGCUCCGCGGCUCCAUUAUCGGGGCGUUCCAGGAGCAGUUGAGGGUCAUAGACCUUAGCAACAACCGCUUCUCGCGGUUGAAUUUUAGCAGUGGGUAUUCUGGUACGUCCCUCAUGUACCUCGACCUGUCAAGUAACGAGCUUCUCGGGGAAUUCGGCCUCCCUGGCCGGUUCCGGAACCUGAGGCACAUGAAUCUUGCAUUCAACCAGUUGUCCACGAACAAUUUGCUGGCGUCCAUUGGUGAGAUUUCUUCAUUGGAGUAUGUCAAUCUGUCAAGCACUGGGUUGCAUGAGCGAAUCCCUGGGGUGUUGGCUUCCCGGUUGGUUGGCUUACAUGUGCUGGAUUUGUCACGGAACAAUGUCAGCGGGGUAGUGCCGGACAUGAGCGCUUUGCCGCUGCGGGUGCUGGACCUGUCGGUGAACAACCUCACUGGGGAAAUCCCCGUGUCACUGGUCAAGAAAUUGGUGUCAAUGGAUCGAUUCAACUUCUCAUACAACAAUCUCACCGUCUGCGCCUCCGAGCUCUCCCCGGAGGCGUUUGCAGCCGCAUUUGCUAGGUCCAGGAAUGACUGCCCGAUUGCUGUAAACCCGGACAGCAUCAAGAAAAAUGGGGGGCACCGCAAGGGGAUGAAGUUGGCGCUGGCCAUUGUGCUCACGCUCUUCUUCUCGGUUCUUGCAUUGCUUUGCUUGGCACUUGUGUGCAGGAAGCCGAGGAAGAAGAGGGGUGACACAUUUCCCGUUGAUAAGCAGCCAUCGUCAUUCAAAGACGAGCCUGGGACAUCAGGGCCAUUUGCGUUCCAGACUGAUUCCACAACUUGGGUUGCCGAUGUCAAGGUUGCCACAUCCGUUCCAGUUGUCAUAUUUGAGAAGCCAUUGCUGAGCUUCACCUUCGCCGACCUCUUGGCAGCCACAUCAAACUUUGACAGGGGAACUUUGCUGGCAGAUGGGAGAUUUGGGCCAGUGUACACAGGGUUCCUCCCUGGUGGAAUUCAGGUUGCUGUGAAGGUGUUGGUCCAUGGUUCGGCAAUGGCAGAUGAGGAUGCAGCGAGAGAGCUUGAGCGGCUGGGACGGAUCAAACAUUCUAACCUGGUUCCUUUGACCGGCUACUGCUUAGCAGGAGGCCAAAGAAUCGCGAUAUAUGAGUACAUGGAGAAUGGCAAUUUGCACAACUUGCUGCAUGAUUUGCCACUAGGCUUGCAGACCACUGAAGACUGGAGCACCGACACAUGGGAGGACAACAAUGGUGGCGUGGCCACUGAAAACAUCACCCCAGAGGGCACUGCUGCAUGGAGGUUCCGACACAAAAUCGCACUAGGCGCUGCAAGGGCACUGGCGUUCCUCCACCAUGGUUGCAUUCCGCAGAUCGUCCACCGGGAUGUGAAGGCAAGCAGCAUCUACUUUGACUAUGCAAUGGAGCCAAGGUUGUCUGAUUUCGGCUUGUCAAUGAUCGCCGGGACUAGCACAGACGGCGACCAUUCCCCUGGCUAUGUGCCGCCGGAGUUCUCCGACCCAGAGAACGCCACGGCGACAUCGAAGUCCGACGUUUACAGCUUCGGCAUCGUGCUGUUUGAGUUGAUCACCGGCAAGAAGCCGCUGGGUGAUGAGUACCCUGACCAGAAGGAGGCAAGCCUGGUGAGCUGGGCAAGGGCAAUGGUGAAGGCAAACCAAGGGUCGAGCAUCAUCGACCCCAAGAUCCGCGACACGGGACUGGAGAGGCAGAUGGAUGAGGCACUGAGGGUCGCCUACCUCUGCACCGCCGAGCUGCCAUCCAAGAGGCCAACCAUGCAACAGAUCGUUGGCCUAUUAAAGGACAUUGAGCCUAGAGUAGCAGAUGAGAACUGA